UCGCUUGUCUUGGCUGGAAAACUCUGGAGUUGGCUUCUCCUUGGAUUAUCCCACCAUAAGUUUACAUGCCGUCUCCAGGGACCUGAACGCCUACCCAUGGGAGCACUUGUACGUCAUGGUGAAUGCGAAAUUCGAAGAGGCAGAGACAAAAGAGGCUCCCAUGGCUGAAGGGGAGGAAGAGGAAGACAGUGAUGACGAUGUUGAACCGAUUGCAGAAUUCAGAUUUGUACCUAGCGACAAAUCGGCCUUGGAAGCCAUGUUUUCAGCGAUGUGUGAAUGCCAAGCUCUGCACCCAGACCCAGACGACGAAGAUUCAGACAACGAUUAUGAAGGGGAGGAGUACGACGUUGAGGCCCACGAGCUACAACAAGGUGACAUCCCAAGCUUUUACACGUAUGAAGAAGGAUUGUCGCACCUAACUGCUGAAGGUCAGGCCACUCUGGAGCGGUUAGAAGGCAUGUUGGCCCAGUCCGUCAGCAGUCAGUACAACAUGGCUGGAGUGAGAACGGAAGACUCCAUCCGGGAAUUUGAAGAUGGGAUGGAGGUGGACAUAGCACCAGUCGUUGCGGGGCAGUUUGAAGACGCAGAAGUCGAUCACUGA